AUGAGAGUUAAUUCCAGACUGAUAAAUAUAUCCAUAUUAUAUUUCUUGUGUUUCCUAAGCUCCAGAUUCUCAUUCUCACUUAGAUUCAAUCCAGGAGUUUCAAAUAAUAAACUUGAAAAUGACAUCGGGGUAGUAUCAGCGGUGGAAAUGUUCAAUCCGGAAUUAAUAGGAGCACCAACAUUUGCUGAAAUAGGUGGAUUUUUCGUUCCCAGGCCAAUUAUUGAUGAGUCUGGGAACAAUUCAUACUCGUACUUACAGCACUCAACUGCAUCCGUAGGUGUUGACCACGACGCAGUGAAGCUUUCCGAGAAGGCACUAAAAUUCAAAAUAACUGGAACUGUUGAAGGGUUGAUAAAAGAGAAACCUUUAACAAUAAUAGUAGGAACUACUUACGGAAGCAGGUUUGACAUGUUAUUUGAAAAGAUUGUCUCCAAAGAUGAUAAUAAAUUUACCUUUUCUCUUCCAAAGGGGACUUUUUACAUAAAAACAGAAGGCAGUGGUUAUUUUCUACCCGGGGUCAAGAAAGUUGGCCUACCGUGUAAACUUAAAUCUUGUCCCUUUGUCAACGACACUUUUAAGGAUCCCAUAGUUGUUGAAGUGGCUAAGGACGAUGGUUCGAUCUACACUUACAAGUGGAAAUUACAGAACGAUUCUCAAUUUGGCGUGGAAUCUAUUAACAAAAUACCACAGGACGAAGCUUCCCUUUUAUCUCCAUCUUCAACAGUUGUAUCACAUGUUGAUGCUUCUGAUGCUUCAGCAAAAUUGAAACUUAUGUUUGGAAUUGAGCUACAUGGAGUUUGGGGAUCUGAGUAUGCCAACAGGCUCUUGAGUAUUUUUCUUAAAUUUGAUUUUCUCAACAGAGAAAGCACACCUAUUCUCAAGAGGCAAAAGUGGCUUUUGACUGAUGAAAGUUUAUACCCUCAAGACGUUGAGAUUAUUAAGAAUGUAGUUGACAAUAAUGAGAAUCCAAACAAGAAUCACAAUGUGGUAGAAGACGAAGAAUAUGAACAAAUUGUAAAAAUUUCUAGGGAGGCUUUCAAGUACUCUACGAAGCAGGCGAUUGAUAAGAAAAGGAACGGGUUUUACUUUUCCAGGAGGCUGUAUAAGUCAGUAAUUAGAGCCAUUUGCCUACACAACCCUAAAAAUAUGAAAAAGCUAUUCAAGGAAGUUCACAAUGUAGACAUAUUGGAGCCAUUUGAGCUUGAGCAUAUGAUUAGGGCGAAAAACGCCUUCACUCACUAUCCAAGUUCUCACUAUCAAAGCUGGUUUAAACAUCCUGAAGAGCUUAUUGAGAUUUUAACUAGCUGGAGGGAAUAUCCCUCCGGUCUUCAUAAGGUCAAUGGUCUAAGAUACUUCUUAAGGAGGCAGGAUGGAAUGGUUAAUCCUGAGCAACCAACUGCUCCUGCCAUAGCCUAUCCUUCUGGUCCAAAUUCUGCCUCAUACAUUGAAUUUAUGGAGUCUGGAUUCCAUAAUUAUCCGGAUGUAUCACAACUAAUUUUACAUGAGAUUGCUCAUUUUAUUCACUUUAACACAGUUCCAGAAGAUUUGAAAAAGAAAUGGAUAGAAAUUGGGGGUUGGUUUGAGGAUCCUAAAGAUCCUGAUGGUUGGAGUACUAGGAAACAAACUGAAUUUGUUUCUGCAUAUUCCCACCAAAAGAACCCCGGAGAGGAUUUUGCUUCCAGUUUGGCAGAUUAUGUUCUCAAUCCCAGAUUAGUUAGAUCUAGAGCCCCUCAAAAGUUUAAGUUUAUAAAGGAAAAUAUAAUGGGAGGUGUGUAUUACUUGGUCAAGGCAUCUCACGAAUUUAGGGUUUUGAAUUUGGGAAAUGCAGACUAUUAUUACCCAGGAAGGUUAUCUGAAAUUAACGUAGUAGUAACCGGUAAGGUGAAUGAACCGAAGAAGGUCAAGUUAACCUUUAAGUUGUUGAAUAAAAGAAACCACAGAGGAACGGAAUCUGACACUUGUGCUAAAAAAAUCACGUUCAGACUAUUUUCUGAAAUCGGAACAUUUGAAGAUAUAGUUUUAAAGUCUAACAAUGGUUGUUCUCAUGUUUUAGAGACAGAAAUAACAAUGAAUCAAAUGAAAAAGAGGGGUGUGUGGACAACGGAUCAGAUUGUGAUUACUGAUGAUAAAGGUCUACAAAGAUUUGUAGGUAGUGCAGAUUUUGGUCUCAGAGUGUGGAUAAACAAUGGUUCAGAAGAUUUUCAAGAUCCCAGAGCUUUAACUAAUUCAGUAUCACUUUCUCUGGUGAGAAGGGGAGAUCGAAAGGCUAUUAGAGUUGGUUGGUUAGUUGUAGAUGACUAUGAACUGAGGAAGAAGAAUACUGGUUACGCUGCUAUUAACGGAAGUUCAAAUAACCAACACUCACUUGGAGCGUAUUCGAUAUUUGAUAAUUCGGAAUCUACUCCCAAUAAUUUAUGGAGGAAGGAUGUGUGGAGUGGAUCAAGGAAGGUCCCUCUUGAAUAUUGUUCAUUAAAUUCUCCCGAUAUUAGAAAUUCUCUUGGUGAUCCCAAUAUUAAAUUUAACACACAUAAAUUGGGAGGUUUGGACGAUUUUGAGGGACUUACACCUGAUCAAGUUUCCUCUGGCUCAUUUAACUGCUUCAUUGUUGCAGUAAACAUCCCAAUUAGCAAGUCUUCCAGAACCGGAGAUUAUUUUUUGACCCAGAUUAUUACUUACGAUUCAGCUGGCAAUUCUCAGCUUCUCCAGUGGCCUCAAAAGUCUGGUCCAUUUAUCUCUUAUAAAUCUUCUAACCCGAAUCCAGACAAUUCUCCACCCAGAGUUAAGGAUAUUAAAGUUAUAAGCAAACCUACUAAUCCUAGCUCACCGAACGGGGAAACAUUGGUUGAAAUAUCAUUUGAUUUGUGUGAUUCUGGUAGCGGAAUAUCAUCACUGUCAGCAUCUUUGAGAGAUCCCUUUGGAGCAACAUUUAUUUUAUAUCCCAGUUGGUCUAAGACCGAAGGUUGUCAGAAGAUUGUUCACACCCAUGUCCUUCCUAAGGGUUCAAUACCAGGAAUUUGGCAUUUGAAUAAGAUUUAUGCCCAGGACUUUGCGGGGAAUGAGCUUUCUGCCGAUUUGACUGAGCGUAUUUUGGUGGACUCGAAAUGAUUGUUAAGAUGCUGUUUGUUGUACUUUUAGCAUUGACAUUAUCAUCCUGUUCAGUGUUAGAUAGUUGUAAAACGACCACUUGUUACCUUGUUAAACCCACUAUUAAGACUAGACCAAGUGUUGGAGAGAGUAAAAGCGUUCGGAAUUCAAGUGGGAGAGGUGUAAUUCAGGGACUAGUUCGCGCCAAGUCUUACGCUACAAUACCUUCCUGCUUGGAGGUUGGGGAUUUUUUAGAUUCUGCAGUUAAGCGUUUAAACAGUUUUAACUUAAAGUCCUUUUUACAGAAGUACGACCACCUUAUUUAUAACCAUGUGUUACGUUCAAUGACAAGGGUACCUCCACUAACUGCCGUUUACGUAGUUUUAUCAACAGUCUCAGCCUUCGUUUCUUAUUUUUUUAAUGAUAACCUACCCUUAUCAUGGAUGAAAUUUGAUUUGGACCGAGUUUUGAAGGGUGAAGUUUGGAGGCUGUUCACUCCUUACUUUAUCUACGGUCAGCUUUGGCUAAGUCACUAUAUGCUUUCCAAUUCCAACUUGAACUACAUGGCCAAUGUUGAGCUCGCGCACGUCAAUAAGCCUGAGAAGUUUAUUGAAUUUUUGGCUUUUGGCGUGCUUACACUUUCUGCUUACUCUUUUUUGGAGGCGUAUUUUUCUAAAAAGUACCUUUUCCAAAGUGUUGUAACAUAUGAUAACAUGGCUUUUCACUUCCACGUCUUUGUACUCUACUUCUGGUCUAGGAUAAAUGAAGGUCAACGCGUUGAGUGCAUGGAUUUCUUUUCUAUCCCCGCAGAGUAUAUUCCAUACUUGUUUAUUGUUCAAAAUUUGUUGUUUUAUAAUAGUGGAAUAUCUUCCGACUUGGUUGCUCUGCUCUUCUCCUACACUUACUUUACUCUCUUUAGCAAUAAGAAAACUUGUCCUCUUUUCAGUGGGUUUAAGAACAGUUGUCUUCGUAAACUUUAUCUAAAAUUCAGGGAUGAAAUGCAAUACUAAUAUUUUAUAUACAUUU